AUGACUGUAGGAUCGCCGCGUUAUAUGCAGGCCAGGUACCGCGAGGCCAUGGCGAUUGUGGCACGUUACGGGAAACCAGAUCUCUUCAUUACUUUCACAACAAAUCCUAAUUGGCCCGAAAUUCAAGAGAAUCUGGAACAUCACCAACGCUUUGAACACCGACCGGACUUGGUCUGUCGCGUGUUCAAAUCAAAAUUCACACAAUUCCUCGACAACUUGAACAAAAGACAGGUGCUAGGUGUUACACAAACGUACACCUACGUAAUCGAAUUCCAAAAAAGGGGGCUUCCACAUGCCCACGUUUUAAUCACAAUGAGACCUGAGGACAAAAUUACGAUCGACAAUGGAAAUGACAUUGUCUGUGCCGAGUUCCCCGACCGUGACAUGGACCCAACACUGUACGACAUCAUAGCUGAACACUAUGUUCACAGACCCUGUGGAGCCAACAAUCCCAUCGCCCCCUGUAUGCGAGACGGUAAGUGCUCCAAAGGCUAUCCGAUGUCGUUCAAUGAUGAGACCAUAAUUGAUCACGUCAGGAGACCUGUUUAUCGCAGGCGACGUGACGGCCGAACAGCAGUCGUCGAGGAAACGGUAAUCGACAACCGAAGAAUUGUGCCAUACAACCGGUACUUUGCCAAAAAAUACAUGUGCCACAUCAAUUUCGAAGUCUGCGCCACACUCUCGAGCAUGAAGUACCUCUACAAGUAUGUACACAAGGGCGCAGACUGUAUCACAAUUCAAGCCAGUGACACUGGCGAUCAAACACUUGACUGGGACGAAAUUCAAAAUUAUUUGGACUGUCGUUACUUCAGUUCAACGGAAGCCGCGUACCGACUUAUGACAUUUCCUCUCGCAGACAGAUCACAUUCGGUAAUGACUUUGCCGGUUCAUUUGGAAUAUGAACAAGCCAUUCUGUUUGAUGACGACCUCCCUGAAGAGGACGUUGCAGCUGCAGUUGAUAAGCCAACGAAAUUGAUGGCGUGGUUCAUAUUGAACAACACAGACGUGGAAACCCGGCAAUUGACAUAUGUUGAGAUUCCUGAACACUACACGUGGAACAACAGAGAGGCAGUGUGGGGAAAAAGAAGGCAAAUCUCAAAGACGAUUGGUUGA